UCUUGUUAGAACAAAUAACCGAAGCAAUCUCCAAAGGUUCAGUCAAUCAGUUCUCUACGUUGGCGACUCUCGGCGUUCCGGGGAAGAUAGGCUCAAAAACCUCUCCUCAAAGCUAAGCCAAGGAGUAUAUAUGGAAGUGCGCUUUCUGCAGCUUGGUCUUGGUUUUCUACUUCUGUUGGCAGCAAAGCACGACCCCGCUCUUGCGGUUCCUAGCUCUCAAUGCCAAACGCAGUGUGGCGGUGUUGAGAUUCCGUACCCGUUCGGCAUCGGUGACAAUUGCUCGCUGUCAAGCAGCUUCAACGUCAGCUGCCAGAUCCACGAUGGUGUCUACAAGCCAUUCCUCGGUUUCGUGGAGGUGCUCAACAUUUCCUUGGCUCAAGGCACGAUCAGGGUGCUCAACCAAAUCUCAACAUACUGCUACAACAACUCCUCCGGUCAGAUGGAGGAUAAUCGUUGGUGGCUCGACAUAAGAGGUGGCCCAUUCCGAUUCUCAGACGUCCACAAUAAGUUCACCGUCAUUGGCUGCAACACCCUCGCCUAUAUCUACGACAACACCAGCACCGGUUACCUAAGUGGGUGUGUCUCAACUUGCCGGAAUCUGUCAGACCUAGCGGACGGACCCUGCUCCGGAAUUGGCUGCUGCCAGACAGCCAUACCUAGGAAUAUGGGCUAUUACGAGGUCUUGUUCAGUCGCGGUUUCAACACAAGCAAAGUUCAGAGGUUCAGCCCUUGCAGCUACGCCGUGCUGAUGGAGGCGGAGGCGUUCAAUUUCAGCACCAAGUACAUCAGCACGACCACGUUCAAUGACACAAGAAUUGGGCGAGCACCAGUGGUGAUGGACUGGGCGAUAAGUAACAAGACGACAUGUGAGGUCGCCACGGGCACUUACGCAUGCCUCAGCACCAACAGCGGGUGCGUGGAUUCAGCCAACGGGCUAGGGUACCUGUGCAACUGCUCCAAAGGGUACCAAGGCAACCCGUAUCUUCAAGGUGGAUGCCAAGACGUUGAUGAGUGUAGUAGCCGCCCAUGCCCUUCAGGCGGUGUUUGCCACAACACGGAAGGAGGCUACCGGUGUUCUUGUCGAGCAGGAAGGAAGUUUAACAGGCAAAGAACCACAUGCGACCCUGAUACUGGCUUAAUAAUAGGAGUUGCAGUCGGCUCUCUUGUUCUCGUGAUUUUCUCCUCCUUCGGAUACAUGAUUCUUCAAAAGAGAAAGCUGAACCAAGUUAGGCAAGAACAUUUUCGAGAACAUGGGGGCAUGAUUCUGUUUGAGAGGAUGAGAUCAGAAAAAGGUCUUGCUUUCACGGUGUUUAGCGAAGCUGAACUGAUACAAGCCACAAACAACUACGACAAGAGCAGAAUAAUUGGAAAAGGAGGCCAUGGAACAGUCUACAAAGGGAUAGUUAAGGGCAACAUGCCUGUUGCGAUUAAGCGAUGUGCACUUAUUGAUGAAAGACAAAAGAAGGAAUUUGGACAAGAAAUGCUAAUACUCUCCCAGAUCAACCACAAGAACAUUGUCAAACUAGUGGGUUGUUGCCUUGAGGUGGAAGUUCCAAUGUUGGUCUAUGAAUUCAUCCCAAAAGGCACACUGUUUGAACUUAUCCAUGGCAAGAACCAAGCAUUACAAAUCUCUUUCAGCACUUUAUUAAGGAUUGCUCAUGAAGCAGCUGAAGGUCUCAAUUUCCUACACUCAUACGCAUCUCCCCCAAUUAUCCAUGGUGAUGUGAAGACUGCCAAUAUUCUUUUAGAUGAAAACUACAUGGCAAAAGUGUCAGAUUUUGGAGCCUCCAUACUAGCCCCAUCAGAUAAAGAGCAGUAUGUCACAAUGGUUCAAGGUACCUGUGGCUACCUCGACCCUGAAUACAUGCUGACAUGCCAAUUGACAGAGAAAAGCGACGUCUUUAGCUUUGGUGUUAUCCUUCUAGAGGUACUCACUGGCCAAGAGCCUCUGAAGUUGGAUGGGCCUGAGACGGAAAGAAGUCUGUCGUCAAAUUUCUUGUCCUCUAUGAAGGAGAACAACCUUGAUGCGAUCUUGCCGAGCCAUGUAAAGGGACAAGAGAACAAUGAAUUGAUCAGAGGCCUUGCGGAGCUAGCCAAGCAAUGCCUGGACAUGUGUGGCAGCAACAGACCAUCGAUGAAGGAGAUCGCCGAUGAGCUCAGCAGAUUGAGGAAGCUUUCACUGCAUCCUUGGGUACAAGUCGAUGUUGAGAUGGAGGCUCAGAGUCUUCUCGGUGGAGCGUCGACUGCUAGCUUUGAAAUAGAAGGUGCCACUAGUAUUGGUUAUCCUACACAAGAAGGUGAGAGCCUGCCCAUGAACCCAGGAAGUUCGUACUACGCCAGGUGAUCAAAGCAUAUGUCCUAGUGCACUGUAGUUCCUUAAAACUUCUGCAUGCUAGGGCAUUUGCGAGCUAGUAGCUGGUCUGCUAUCUACUUGCGUAUGGCACAAUAUAUAUACACUAGAAAGCUCUGCCUCUCUGUAUAUGCACUCUGUUUCAAUGUGGUCUGCUGUUUACUAUUAACGAAAAACA